CAGACCACAAUGUCACACAGGCUGUCAAUCAAAUACACACCUCUACAGUCCAAUAAUCAUUUAUACUACAGACCACAAUGUCACACAGGCUGUCAAUCAAAUACACACCUCUACAGGCCAAUAAUCAUUUAUACUACAGACCACAAUGUCACACAGGCUGUCAAUCAAAUACACACCUCUACAGGCCAAUAA